UCAUAAAAAGGAAGCAGAAUAGCAGUUUUGACAUAUGGAUGUGAUUUUUCUGCUCUGAGACAGAUGCACACACAAAACAAACAGCACCAGGAACUGCUGCUCUGACUGAACUGGGUGUUGGUGCUCCCUUCACAUGGACUCUUUCCCUACAUUUCUGAAACUGCAUAGAUUUCCAGCCAUGAGAAAGCGAAGCAAAGGACUGGGGUUUCUUGUCAUGUGCCUCUCUGGCUAAAACUGUGGAAACAAACAAGCAAAUAAAAAAAAAAGCUGAGAAGGAAGAAAAAUAAAAGAAAAAAAAAUCAUCUACAGCUGGAUCCCUGGAAGAUCCUUCGUCCUUCUAUUUCCCUUAGAGAUCGUGGAUGCUGCAAUAAGUCUCUUGGAUAUGGGCUCAUAUUUGGUUUAUCACAGCCUGGGUUUGAUCCUCUGCUGCUCGGUGUUGAGUUCUGUCUAUGCUCUGGUGGAUGCUGACGAUGUCAUCACCAAAGAGGAGCAGAUUUUCCUGCUGAUAAAAGCCAAGUCCAAGUGUGAGCGCCACCUGAAAGUCAAGGUGCAAGAUGGUUUCUGUCUGCCCGAGUGGGACGGCAUUGGCUGCUGGCCCGAAGGCAUGCCAGGCAAAGUGGUGGCCAUGCCGUGUCCUGAGUACAUCUAUGACUUCAACCACAAAGGCCACGCCUAUCGGCGGUGUGACAUGAAUGGGAGCUGGGAGCUGGUGCCAGGCAACAACCGCACCUGGGCGAAUUACAGCGAAUGCGCCAAGUUCCUCACCAAUGAAACCAGGGAGAUGGAGGUCUUUUAUCGCCUCUAUUUGAUUUAUACUGUUGGAUACUCCAUCUCUCUGGGAUCCCUGACAGUUGCUGUCCUUAUCCUGGGAUACUUCAGGCGUUUGCACUGCACAAGGAACUACAUCCACAUGCACCUGUUUGUCUCCUUUAUGCUGAGAGCAGUCAGCAUCUUUGUGAAGGACGCGGUCCUGUACUCCGGGUCAGCACUAGAGGAGAUGGAGCAUCUGCCUGAAGAAGACUUCAUGUCCGUUACCGAGGUCCCCACAGCGGAUAAGUCGCAGUUUAUGGGCUGUAAGGUCAUCGUCACCUUCUUCCUGUACUUCCUGGCGACCAAUUACUACUGGAUCCUGGUGGAAGGGCUCUAUCUCCACAGCCUCAUCUUCAUGGCCUUUUUCUCUGAGAAGAAGUAUCUUUGGGGCUUCACGCUGUUUGGCUGGGGACUCCCUGCUGUAAUUGUCACAGUGUGGGCCAGUGUGAGGGCCAAUCUAGCAGAUACAGAGUGUUGGGACUUGAGUGCCAGCAAUUUACAAUGGAUAUUUCAGGUGCCCCUCCUGGUAGCUAUUGUGGUAAAUUUUAUUCUUUUUAUCAAUAUUAUCCGAGUCCUAGCAACCAAGCUACGGGAGACAAACGCAGGGAGGUGCGAUACGAGACAACAGUACAGGAAGCUGCUGAAAUCUACCCUUGUCCUUAUGCCUCUGUUUGGAGUUCACUAUAUAGUUUUCAUGGCUUUGCCAUAUACAGAGGUAUCAGGGAUUCUUUGGCAAGUUCAAAUGCACUAUGAAAUGCUGUUCAACUCUUUCCAGGGAUUUUUUGUUGCCAUCAUAUACUGUUUUUGCAAUGGAGAGGUUCAAGCCGAAAUAAAGAAGUCAUGGAGCAGGUGGACUUUAGCCCUUGACUUUAAAAGAAAAGCACGAAGUGGGAGCACAACAUAUAGCUAUGGACCCAUGGUCUCCCAUACCAGCAUCACUAAUGUAACCACCAGAGGGGCCCUAGCCCUACAUCUCAAUACGAGACUUGUACCGGGUGCCCUCAACGGGCACCGAAAUUUGCCAGGCUAUGUCAAAAAUGGCUCAAUUUCUGAAAACUCCAUGCCUUCUUCUGGGCCAGAGCAGUACAACAAAGAAGAGGAGUACCUGAAUGGCUCUGGACUUUAUGACGGAGACAGACCCAUGGUACUGGUUGAAGAAGAAAGAGAGACAGUGAUGUAAAGAA